CCAUUACCGGCCAGUAUACAUUAGAACUAUUUUCACAGAAUUUCGUGCAGUAGGCUACGUAGCCGCGAAGCUUAACUAUCGAAGUGGUAUAUUUACGUACGAUUUUAAUCGUCUCGAUUUUCUUCGUUUAACCAUCCAUCCAUCCGUCCAUCCAUUCGUCCAUCUUUUUUUUUCCACUCCUUCUUUUGUUUUCUCCUUAACCUUUUCUCUUUUUUUUUUUCUCUUGAUUUUUAUUUUUUCCUCUUUCACUCUCUCUCUCUCACUCUCCUUUUUUCCUUUACGUUCAUUAUUCAAAGAUACGCGAUUAAUAUUUUUCUUUUUCUCGCGAUUAAUAUUAUUAGCGUAGCAAAAUAAUAUGAAUAAAUCGUCGAAAAAAGUUUGGUUAAGGGACGCCCGUUCGUAAGCUACGUAAUAAGUCGAAACCAUCACGGUUCGCUGCACUAAUUCAAUAUACGUGAAAGUGUGUGUGCGUGUGCGUGUGUGUGUGUAAGAGAGAGAUAGAGAGAUAGAGAGAUAGAAAGAUAGAAAGAGAGAAAGAUAGAAAGAGAGAAAGAGAAAGACAAAUAGCAGACAGAACAUAAGUGUUAUGAGCGGUGGUUUAUCCAUGUAUGAUGGUUUGGAGAAAGAGACAACAUCAAAUAAUGGAUUGGAAAAUGUUAAUGGAGGUAGUAAAAAAUUGGCAAGAGGAAUUUCUAGAGCUACAGAAAAUGCCGCUAUAGUUUCCUAUGCACGUUCCCAAUUUGCGACAUUGGGAUCAUUGGAUAUGCCCGAAUUUACAUUUUCUUUACCCGACUUAUCGGUAUAUCCAGAUUCGUUCCGUCAAUUUUUGGAAAAGGAUUUAAUAGAAGGUGGAUGUAUGUCCUCGUUAGAAGCGGCAGGUAGAUUGAAUUGGUGGUGCGCCAGUAAAAAUGGAAGUAACAGAGUUUUAUGGCCAUUAGCAACAUCAGGCGAUGGCAAUUGUUUACUUCAUGCAGCUUCACUUGGUAUGUGGGGUUUCCAUGAUCGAUUACUUACAUUGAGAGAAACUUUGCAUAAUACAUUGAACAAGGGAGAAUAUCGGCAUGCUCUUUUUAGAAGAUGGAAAUGGCGUCAGAUGGGUUUAAAUGCUGUCUCAGGUUUGUCUUAUACGGAAGCCGAAUGGUUAUCUGAAUGGCAAACAAUAGUGGAUAUGGCAUCACCAAUAAUUAGGAAUCAAACGGCCACUUCUUAUCAAAGUCUUGAAGAAGUACACGUAUUGGCAUUGGCACAUGUUUUAAGAAGACCUAUAAUAGUAAUUGCGGAAACAAUGUUAAAAGAUGCAGAAGGAGUGGCAUUGGCUCCAAUACCAUUUGGAGGUGUAUAUUUACCAUUAGAAAUAUCAUCUGCUAAUUGUCAUAGAACUCCUUUAUUAUUGGCUUAUCAUUCUGCACAUUUCUCACCGUUGGUUACCGUACAUGGACAUAAUGACAUUGGCGAUGAUAAUAAUGAAGGUGUUAGUAUACCAUUGGUUGAUCCUGACACUGGUCAAAUAUUACCAGUUUUAUUCGCUGUAGAUCCUGGUCCUGAUUGGGAUUGGAUCGAUGGAUCACGUGAUUUAUUGACCUGCGAACAAAGCACGAUGGAGAUAUUGAUAAGAGAUUAUUUAGACUGUGAAUAUGUUAAUUUCACGUCGGAGGAUAUAGAUAGGUUGUCCGAUACAGAUGGUUCCUUGUCAAAGACAGCUAAACAAUUAUUAGGAGUUGCUAAACAAUUUGGAUCGAUUGGUAAAUCAAUGAGUAAAAAAUUUUGGUUCGCAAAAAGGCCAAAAAGUCCGCCAUCAUCUUCAAGCGGUUGUAAUUCUACGGAAGGAUUGUUAUGCAUCAAAAUGAAAAGUAGACGUCAUCAAUAUGUCGAUCAGAUGUUACAAAAUUAUCUCGAAUGUGCCCAUGACAGGUAUGUUCAAGAUCAUCAAUUGGACGAAACUGGUUGUGAAAUGAAUUAUGGUGCAGGGAAAUCAAAAUUCUAUGCUGCGAGUGAUCAUGGUAGUCAUGCAAGUGUCAGCAAAUUAUUACCAACGCAUCCAAAUAAAGACCGUACGCUUUAUCUUUCAAGAUCAACAUUCUAUAAUGAUCAUACGUCGCCUGAAAAGGGUGAUCGACAGUCAUGGAAUAGUAAUUUGCGGGCUUGCGUAAAGGAAUGUCGCAGUGAACAUUGCCAAUUUUUUGGCUCACCAGAAAAUGAAUAUUAUUGUUCGCAAUGUUGGGCUAAUCGACGUUAUUGCUGAACACAACUGCGUUUCUUUUAUUUUAUUUUAUGUCCUUUUCUUUUUUUUUUCUUUUUUUUUUUUCCCAUCUUCCUUGUAACAAAGCAUGACAAUAAUCAUGAUUAAAAAAGAAAAAAACCACCGAAUAGCAUACAUAC